UCUUUGUGAUCGAAACAGUUCAUUUCGUAGAGAUCGACAAGAAGAUAGACCAUGUUAGAGUUCAUAUUAAUUGAAUUCUGAUUGGUACAUAAUCGAAGUGGAUUGGAGUGAAUUCGUUUUUGCGAAAAUAGAAUUGGCCACACUGUAUGAAAUCCAUGUUAUCAAAGAAAAAGAAUAAAUUCACUCCGACGGAAAAAGGGACGUCCCCGACGACGGAGAUUCUCGCUCCAUUGUAGUAACAGUGUUUGAAAUAUUUUUGACUCAUGGAUUCAAGAUUGCCAGUAAAAGGCAUGAAAAUUCCAAGAAUUACUGAGGGUACGAAUAUUAGUGCAAUUGAAGACAGGAUCAGCAACUUACCUGACGCGGUUCUUUGUCACGUUCUAUCUUUUCUUCCAACAAAAGAUGCAGUCCAAACAAGCCCUUUAGCCAAAAGAUGGAAGUACCUUCGGCGUUCGGUUCCCAAUAUCGAGUUCGAGUUGCAUCUAUAUAAGAACUAUAGGGGCAAUAGAGAGAACUUUGACAGUUUUGAGGAGGGUUACAUGAACAAUUUCACGAUUUCCAUUGACAGAUAUUUCGUCCUUUGCGAGAAUUUGCGUAUUCUAAAAUUCCGGUUGUCUUGCUAUGGAAAAAUUGACUUUUUGCUCUUUUAUUCAUGAGUUUGUGCUGUCAUAACAUGUAAUGUUUGUGAGCUCGAUCUUGAAUUGACCAAGGGUGAGAUGGGUGAAUUGCCUUGGAGCCUUUUCACUUGCAAAACCUUGGUCAUUUUGAAGAUUCAUGGCAAAUUCAUUUUUUAUGUUCCACAAUAUGUUUGUUUGCCAGAUCUCAAGACCCUUUGUCUGAAUUCACUUAUAUAUUUGGACGAUGGAUUGAUAAGCAAAUUCCUCUCUGGCUGUCCUGCCCUUGAGGAUUUGGUGAUAAGGAGACCGGGAUGGGAUAACAUGUGGACUCUUGAUGUUUCUGUGCCUUCGUUGAAAAGGUUGACAUUGGAUAUUUCUAUCCAUGAGGAGGAAUUAUAUCAUGAACCGGUUUUUAAGUACAAGGUCAUGGUUAAUGCUCCAAACCUUGAAUAUCUGGAUUUUUUUGAUACUGUGUCGGCUUAUAUUUCUGUCGGUGGUCUGCCCUCUGUGGUGGAAGCCCAUGUGAACGUCCAUAAAUCUUUUCGAGGGGAUUGGAUAUGGAGAAGACGAGCCAAAUAUGGAAAUCGCACAUCCGAGCUUCUUAGAAGCAUCUCAAAUGUUUGGCGUCUGUCAUUAACUGGUUAUACUUUGCGGUGUCUCAGCUACGGUGGUCCGAAUUUGGCCACGUAUCGUAAUUUGGUCUAUCUAGAGCUAGGUUUUGAUCCAUCCAAUGGCCCACUGCUGUUGUUGAAUUUACUUCAAAGUUCACCUAAACUAGAAGUUCUUGUUUUUCCAGAGGGAUUGACGGUCAUCAGGGAACAGGAGUGUGACGUUAAUAGGGACAUAUUCUUUGAUUACCGCUGGAACCCACCAGAACGAGUGCCUGAAUGUUUACUUCUUAGCCUCGAGAAAAUCGAAAUCCACAAGUUUUGUGGCGAUGAAGAAGAAGAGCUGAACCUGGUGAAGUACUUGUUGAAGAAUGGAAUGGUAUUGGAGAAGGUGACGAUUUGGUGUCACUACUUGUUUGGUGGUGAUAAUUCCUUCAGCUUUAAAGAUGAAUUGGAAAAUUAUCCCAGGGGCUCAACUAACUGUAAUUUCAGACUUUAUAUUCCUUAUCUGGUACCAAUCAGCAGCAGCAGCUAACAUUUUGUUUGUCUCUUGGACUCUGUUCGUGUCACAGAUUGUUGAUUCUUUCGAAGUCUGACUUCAGUAUGUAUAGUUUGUUUUUGCUCGACUGCAAUAUGCUUUCAAGCAACCAACACCUUGAUUUUGAAAUGUUGAUCUCCCAGACUUGGUUUGAAGCCUGUGGAAUUA